AUGGAGCACUACUUGAACCAGCUGCUGCCCGCGGUGGUCACGUGCGCGCUGACGAGCGCCCUCGGCCCGCGCGGCGGCGACGAGCACUGGGCGGUGCGGGAGCAGGCGGCGGCGCUGGCGGCGCUGGCGGCGCGGCUGUUUGGGGCGCCGUACCACAAUGUGGCGCCGCGGCUGGCGCGGCUGAUGGCCAAGGCGUGGAUGGACCCUUCCAAAGGUUUUGCUUGCAAGUACGGCGCCGUGAUGGGCCUGCAGCCGGGUGGCGGCCAGGGGUGGGACGAGCUGGACAGGCAGGCGGCGCUGAUGGCCAAGGCGCGCGUGCUGGUGCGGCAGCGGCCGAUCCGCGUGCGGUUGGAAGUCGACCAGCAGCAGCAGCAGCAGCACCAGCAGCAGCAGCAGCAGCAGCAGGGGCGGCCAGUGGCGUUGGUGAUUGAGGAGGUCGGGCUGCAGUCGGUCGCUGACGUGCUGCGGCGGGACGCGGAGGGCGGCGGCGGCGGCGACCUGGAGGCCCUGCUGCGGCGCCAGGCGCCGCCCCCCGCGCGGCAUCAGCAGCCGCGCGGCGGCGCCGGCCGCGCGGCGGCGGGCGGGCGGGCGGCGGCACCGCAGCUGAGUGUGGCGGAGGUGCUGGCUGACGCGUGGCAGGAGGACAGCGACGUCAACGCGCAGUUGGGGGCGCUAGUGCACUUGUUCGGGGAGGCGCUGCUGGCGCAGCUGCCCCUGGGGGAGCUGCCGUCCUAUGUCAUGUAA